GUGACCCAAGUGGAGACACGAUGUUGUUGCCUCAUAUACCCAAUGCGUUGAGUUCAAACUCUCCCGGCAGCCGCCUCUUGGACCUCUGGCAAUUUCUCAAGGACCCUGAUAUGAGCUAUCCAGGGGUGUACCUACAAUGGAAGCAGCUUCUACAAGGACCAAAUUCAGGAAGGGGCCCAGGAGGAGGACAAAUGGAUCUAUUUUCAGGGUCCAGGGAGCAGUGUCUCAUCCCACUCAAGCUACCAGAUAAUUUGCUGACUGUCUACACUAUGACUGAGCAGAUAUUAAACCUCACCUUGGAGAUCAUCCAUCUGCUGACUGGAGAGGAUUACAUGGUAGUGAAGAAAUAUAGUGAGUGUGUGACAACCAGCUCCGAUCCCUAUGCGUCACAAGAAUGGACCAAGACCCCAACCUCCAUGAUGGUGCCUCCGCCUAUAUCACUGACACAUCAUAGGGAUAAAGAGCAGAAGAUCCUAGAGAAUGUCAGCAAAAUCAUCCAGAUGCUGACCGGAGAGGUCUCUGUAAGGAAUCAGGACAUCACUGUCCAUUUCUCGAUGGAGGAGUGGGAGUAUUUAGAAGGACACAAGGAUCAGUAUGAGGACUUCAUGAUGGAGAAUAACCAGCCCCUCACACCACAGGAUAUCCCUCUGAAACUCCAGCACGACAAUGGGCCUCCACAUAGUGAACAAGGAUGCCUUAGUGAUGGAGAACACUUAAUUUCCCCAAGUCUACUUUCAUCUGAUCCCACCACUCUCACGAAGCUACUCACUCAAUCACAAAUUGCUAAAGAAAACCCUUGUCCAGAAGAUAAUUCUAGAUGCAUUUCAUGCCAGGUGAUAUACAAGGAAAAGCCAUUUUCAUGUCCAGAAUGUGGGAAACGUUUCAAAUUGAAAAGACAUGCCAUUCAUCAUCUAAAAAGUCACAGUGCGGAGAAGCGGCAUUCAUGUACAGAAUGCGAUAAACAUUUUGCCCACAAAUCCAAUCUUGUCAUUCAUCAAAGGCUCCACACGGGAGAGAAGCCAUAUUUGUGUCCGGAAUGUGGGAAAUGUUUUACAUCAAAUUCAAAACUUGUCAGACACAAGAGAAUGCACACCGGGGAGAGGCCAUACUCAUGUCCAGAAUGCGAGAAAUGUUUUUCUUACAGAUCGCAUGUUGUUCUCCACCAAAGGAUCCACACAGGAGAGAAACCAUUUCAGUGUUUAGAAUGUGGGAAAUGUUUUUUAUCUAAUUCAAAACUUGUCAGACAUCAGAAAACUCACGCGAGAAAGAAAAGGUAGUCAUGUCCAAAAUGUGGGAGAUAUUUUAUCCGGAAACCAGAUCUCAUUGAAUGCCAGAGAAGUCACAUUCUAGAGAAGACAUAGUCAUACAGUAGAUAGUUUAUCCAGAACCCAGAUCUUACUGAUUGCCAGAGAAGUCACAUUUCAGAGAAGCCAUGGUUGUAGAUGGAAAUUAACUCAAAAUUUACCAAAGAAAAGACCCUUAAAAUCACUAAAAAGCCCCAAUCAGUAGGCAUAGUACAUAAUAAAGGAAAAAUACAGAAAGAAAAUGAAAAAGCAAUGGUUGUGGAUGGCAAAAAGAGACAAGGGGAGACAGGUGGGGGAUUUUCUCAAUGGGCAAUUUUUUCCCUAUAAUAGCCCUCUCUCUCCCUUCGCCAGGAGACAACUCCUGCUGGUGGAGCCUCUCCGUCCUCGUGCCUAUCCUGCUUCGCCCUGAUAGUCCCCAAUCAUUGAGGGGUUUUUUUCCCCCUUUUUUUUAUCCCAACGCGUUUUCCCCAACUUGGGUUCCUCAGGGGGUUCAUGUGGGAAAAAUACAGAGGCCAAAAGGUUCAAUAAACAAAAGAUAAAUCGUGAUAGUCUAUACAAAGAGACUGGCUAUCUUGAUAUACAAUGGGGGAGUCCAGAAGUGUCUAACAUGUGGUCCCAUGUUUUCAGGAUACAACAACUCCACCUAGAACACAAAAUU